AUGGCGGGGUGGGUCUCGCCGGCAACUGGCUACAUCCCUGUUGGCAACCCCAACCCUGGCGCCAACUCUGAGGACCCUGGGUUAGACGCCUGUCUGUCUGAGCCGUCUCCAAGGGACCUUUUCCCUAACGGCACUCUAUCUAUGGGCGACUCAACUAGGGAGGAGGAUGAGCUGGAAGAUAGUAGCAUUGAAGGAGGGAGGACUGACGCCCUGGGUGGGACCUUGACUCAUCCCUCCACGCCUAUCCUUUCAGAGGCUCGCGCUGGGACCUUGACUCAUCCCUCCACGCCUAUCAUCUCAGAGGCUCGCGCUGGGACUUCACCCACCUUGUCAACCAACGCUUAUCCAACCACGCCUACUUCUAUUGACGCUCAGGCUACUAAUACUCCCUCCGCGUCUGUCAAAAAGUCUGGGACCGCUGAUGUUCCCAGCUCGCCUAUCUUAUACUGA